AUGGGGUUGGCAGGUACAAAAAUAAAGCAGCGGUUUGGGAACGAUCCUAGAAACACCAACUGGUCUAAUGACACAUCACGUUUUGGACAUCAAUAUUUAUCGAAAAUGGGUUGGCAACAGGGUAGUGGAUUAGGAUUGGUAUCGCAUGCAUUAACUACCCAUGUUAAGGUUUCUAUCAAGGACGAUAAUUUGGGACUAGGAGCCAAAUUACAUAAACGUAAAGCCAAUGGUGAUGGUGGAUUAGAGGAAGAAGGAACUGCUGGAUUAGAUGCGUUUCAAAGAAUAUUGGGAAGGUUAAAUGGGAAAGAAGAUGUUGUUAAUAAAGUAUUGGAUAAUGUUCGUGACGAUGAUAUUAUUAACGGUAAAUGGGGUAUGAGAUUUGUCAAGGGGGAAACUUUACUGAGUACUUGGGAUAAGGAGAGUAAAAAAUUAAUAUCUUAUAAAAAUCAGGAAGAUGAUGAGAAGAAGAGUAGAAAGAGGAAAGCUGAUGAAAGCGGUACUAAAGAAGAUAAAAAGAUGUUGAAAAGGCAUAAAAAGGAGAAGAAAGAGAAGAAGGAGAAGAAAGACAAGAAGGAAAAGAAAGACAAAAAGGACAAAAAAUCCAAGAAGGAAAAGAAAGACAAAAUACGAACCAGUUUAGAGGAAACGCUGGUAUCAAAAGAAUCUAGUACUACUCCACCCCCUAUCGCCACCCGACUUUCGGCUAGAUCAAAGUGGAUUAAACAGAAGAGGGCAUCAGUGAUGGAUGCAAAGGCAUUAAACGAAAUUUUUAUGAUCACCAAUUGA